AUGGAUCUCCGUAAAGCUGUGAGGAUUAUCUUCGUGUUGUCGAGCGCUUUAUCUGCCACCGCUGCCGUUUCAAGACCAUGGUGGUCCACCUUCGCUCAACGGGCGUACUGUUCAUCACCGGGCGAAGUCAUCUGCAACAGGGACUGUUCGGAGGUGCAGAUAUGUCUUGGCAACCUGGAAGAUGACUACGAUCCUCAGACAAUGAUAGUGUGCGACAAGGCCAAUGGAAUGUGGUGCAGUGCAAGUCAAAGACAGUGUGUUCCGAAGGAAGAGUCUGAUUGUGUACCAGCUGGGAACACCUUCACGUGUAACAGCAUCGGAUCCUUCCCUGACCCGUAUGACUGUAAGACGUACCACGUCUGUAUUGAAGGCCAAGAGCAGGCGGUGACUGGAACGUGCAAUGCUACUGAUGCUGCCUACAAUCCCUGCACAGGGGACUGCACACUGACAACGUCAGACCGCAUCUGCACGGAAGGACCCGUCAAGCCCUGCACUCAGUCACUCGAGAUGGGUAUUGUCCCAGAGAACCCAAACAUCUACUACGCCUGCAAGCCUACCGAAGAUGGCGGCUACUACCCGGAUAUGUACAAGUGUCCUGGCGGCUGCGUUGCAUCCUCCGAGAUCUGCUCCGCGACACGUCAAUAG